UCAGUGGUCCCACUAAUGAGAAGGCAACAAUAGGAAAACUAAACGAAACUAAACCAAGAAAACACAAAUUUCAAAGUGCAAUUGGGCGAAUAUUCUGAUGCCAAGUGUUUUGGAACACUAGUAAAUCGCCAUGGAGGCUUCGGCUGCUAAAAUCGCUUCUCUAGCCAGUUCCACGUCCACUUCCACAGGCACAAACUCCACCUCCAGCGAGAAAAUGAACUACGCAUUGCAAGUUGCUCUGCAAACGAUCAAGGAGAGGUGCAUCCAGCUUCAGCGCCGUGUGGCCAGCAUGGAGGAGGAGAACCAGCGGCUGAGGGAGUCCUCCGCCAGGUCAGAAGCCGUUCCACCCGGAAACGGGGUCACCGGGGAUGUCCUCUCCCUGCGAGCACAAGUGUCGGAACUGCAGCGACAAAAGGAGCAGCUAGAGGAGCACAUUGGCAUGGUGUCUAAUGAAAAUAGACGCCUCUGGUCUCGCCUAUCGCAGAUCUCCAAGGACCAAGUGCUAACGCAAGUGCCCAGCUCCGCGGACUCACGUGCCCAGCAAAACCAGAACCUGGUGCGCUCGAAGACCUUCACACAGCAUUCGCCGAAUCCCCUUCUGCGCCAAAAAAUGCUCUCGGAUGGUAUAAAGGAUCUCAGUCUGGAGGAAAUAGCCCUCGAUGACUUUGGUGCCAGCAACGAGGAACUGGGCUACCCCUACAACCUUCAAAAGGUUGAGGACCCAACCAGCGAAACAGAUGCCAAUGUGGAUGCCAAAAGAUGUAUGGACGGCCUCCAGGAGAUGAGGCGGGAGGCGAUGAAGCAGCAGCAGGAGCUCAGCUCGGCGCUGACUUUGCUAGAAAGUCGCAUAGCCCUACAACCAUGUCCGGAAUGCGCCCAGAAAUCCGCCAAGAAGCCAGAAACGGCCGACAAAAGUCUAGAGACAGACGACAGCCUGAGCAGCGAACUGAAGAACUACGAGAGCCAGCACAAUGGACACAAUGGAACGCCGCCUAGGCAGAGGAUAAAUAUUAUUCAGGAGAAAAUCAAGGCCGACGAAGCCGACGCUAUGGAGAAGACCUGUCCGAUGUGCGGCAAGCAGUAUUCCAGCCAGGUGUCCUUCAACGCCUUCCGGGAGCACGUGGAGAUGCAUUUCAUCGACGAUGCACUCGAUUUGGAAACUGAUAACAGCAUGGAGCGCCAGUUCGAGUUCGUUUCCCAUGCAGUGGGCGACUUCUGACCCAGCAGGCGCAUCUAUUUCGCCACCGAGCUCUGACCCAGGGCAAAAGCCCAGAAUUAGAUGCAGUUUGACUGCCCAGAAAGCGCGUGCUUGUUACGUUUCUAUUGAUUAGGCCUAUAAGCGAACUUACAUAUAUCAACAUUUGGUUAUAUUCUAUCUUUCAUUAUAUACAUUAUCCACAAUGAGUGUGCAUGAAUACUUAGUUGUAAGUGACAGAGUACGAAACAGAGUUAAAUAUAAAGCCUGAAAAAAUGUUAA